AUGCCUCGACAAUUCCCCAAGGUGACUCUGAGUGAGGCGGAGGAGGAGACACAACUGCUGGCAGAGAAAGUAUAUGCAACAGCCCUAAAGGAAGAAGACAACAAGGAUGCCUUAUCAAUGUUCACUGUGCCUGAGGACUGCCCAAUUGUCCUGCAGCAAGCCAAGGAACAUGAACUGCUUAAGGAGCUGGCAGAGCAACAGUCAGAGGAGAGUACCAAGAGGAAGAAAAGCUUGAAGAUGAUUCGUUCCCAGUCAAUGUCUCUGCAGAUCCCUGCGAAUACAGACUGGACACGGUCAGUGGCAGUUUCCCCAUUCCUGUCCCCCAGCUCCACCUGCUCAUCAAUGCCAGAAAACUGCCCUGAUUACCAGAGGGUCACUAUUAGUGGUGAUUACUGUGCUGGAAUCACAGUGGAUGACUAUGAACAGGCAGCCAAAAGUCUGUUUAAGGCUCUACUUAUUCGUGAGAAAUACUCAAAGCUAGCCUAUCAUAGAUUCUGCAGAACCACAGCCCAGUUCCUCCGCAGUGCUGUGAACAUGAGAUGGAGCGAAGAAGAUGAGGUUCUACCAGAUAUUUGCCCAUAUCCAGCAGAUGGAGAAGAUCCCUACAGCAUGGAGAAGAUCCCUGAGAAUCUGAACUAUGAACUGAAAAUGAAGGAUGGGAUAGUGUAUGUGUAUGAUAGUGCCCAGGCUCUGAGAGAAAACCAUCCCCAUGACCUUCCUUACCCAGAUUUGGAGACCUUUGCUAUAGACCUCAGUCACGUGCUGGCAAUGAUUGCAGACGGACCCACGAAGACCUACUGUCACAGACGACUAAAUUUCUUAAGUUCGAAAUUCUACCUCCAUGAAAUGCUCAAUGAGAUGGCUGAGCUAAAGGAACUGAAGAGUGUGCCUCACAGAGACUUCUACAAUGUUAGAAAGGUGGACACACAUAUUCAUGCAGCUGCCUGCAUGUCUCAGAAACACCUACUGACCUUCAUCCAGAAAACAUACAAGGCUGAUGCUGACCGUGUGGUGUUGGAAAAGGCUGGACAAAAGAUGACUCUCCAGCAGGUUUUCCACAGCCUCAAUAAGGACCCCUAUGACCUUACGGUGGACUCUCUGGACGUACAUGCUGGGAGGCACACCUUCCACCGCUUUGAUAAAUUCAAUUCAAAGUAUAACCCAGUGGGAGCCAGUGAACUUCGAGAAAUCUUCCUGAAAACAGACAACCUCAUCAAUGGGGACUAUUUUGCGCGCAUCGUAAAGGAAGUGGCCCAUGACCUGGAGGAGAGUAAGUACCAGCACGCAGAGCCACGCCUCUCCAUCUACGGACGCUCUCCAGAGGAGUGGGACAGUCUGGCUAAGUGGUUCAUUCACCACAAAGUACACUCUCCAAACAUGAGGUGGAUUAUUCAAGUGCCCAGAAUAUAUGAUAUUUUCAAGUCGAAGAAACUGGUACCUAAUUUUGCCAAGAUGCUGGAGAAUAUAUUCCUUCCUCUGUUUGAGGCCACUGUCAAUCCACAGAAGCACAAAGAACUUCAUGUUUUCCUCAAAUAUGUGUCAGGCUUUGACAGCGUGGAUGAUGAGUCCAAACACAGUGAUCACAUGUUCUCCUUCAGGAGCCCAAAGCCUGAACAGUGGACUACAAAUGACAACCCUCCCUACAGCUACUACAUCUUCCACAUGUAUGCAAACAUCAUGGUCCUCAACAACCUCAGAAAAGAACAUGGACUGAGCACCUUCCAGUUCCGUCCUCACUGUGGAGAAGCUGGAUCAAUCACUCACUUGGUCUCUGCCUUUCUCACAUCUGACAACAUCUCUCAUGGACUCAACUUAAAGAAGAGUCCUGUGCUGCAGUACCUGUACUACCUGGCCCAGGUGCCAAUUGCAAUGUCUCCACUCAGCAACAACAGCCUGUUCCUGGAGUACUCCAAAAAUCCUCUUCGAGAGUUCCUGCACAAAGGCCUGUGUGUGUCCCUGUCCACAGACGAUCCCAUGCAGUUCCACUACACCAAGGAACCGCUGAUGGAAGAGUACGCUAUAGCAGCUCAGUUGUGGAAGCUCAGCACCUGUGAUGUGUGUGAGAUAGCCCGGAACAGUGUGCUGCAAAGUGGACUGUCUCACAAGGAUAAGAAGCACUUCUUAGGAGAGAACUAUCUGAAAGAUGGACCUGAAGGGAACGACAUCCGUAGGACCAAUGUCGCCCAGAUCCGCAUGGCGUACAGACACGAGACACUGUGCAAUGAACUUAGCUUCAUAGUCGAUGCUGUGAAGUCUGACGCUAUGAAUGAAUAAAAUGGACCUCGCAUUGGAAAGAAUGCGAAAUGCCAGUGAGUGACUGAGAUGACUAAAUGAAAAAUACAAUAUCCUGUUCAUUAAAAAGCAAUGCUUAGCUAGUCACAAUUGAAUAACAAAGGACUUUAAUAAAGUGAAGAGGCAUGCCUUGGAUGACUGGAUGACUGAUGGCACUCUUAAAGGUUUAGAAGAAGCUGCGGCCAGAUGUGUGUGUAGUAGAUUCACACACUUGUCAUUCCACAAAUCCACUAUGUAUAAACAACUGUGUCUUACACUCCGUUUUGUGAUGGGAGUAUGUCAUAAACUUGAAGUUUUUUGUGUUACUGUAUACACUGUACAUUGGACUUAAGAACACUUAUGGUUGAGAGAACACAAUGUUAUUUCAGACCACUCUGAUGAGAGAUGUAUGAUGUCUGGGACAUUCCCUCCGUCUCUCCCUUAAGAAGCUUGUUUUAAAGAGGUUUGAGUGAGUUUUUGGAGAGAUAUCCAUGAAGGAGUUGGGAGAUACCUAAUUUCAUACUGAUGUUACUUUAUAAAAACUGCUUGACAUUGUUGUAGAAAUGUUGCGUUUACAUGUAUGUUCAUUAUCUGAAGCAGCAAACAGUAUGUUCAAAGAAAAAGUCUUCUGUCUGCACAAUGAUUGCAUUGCAAACAUUGCCAUCUAGUGGCUAAAAUACAUCAUUUAAUAACAUCAGAUGACAGAAAAUACUUCAAACACACGAGUAUACAAAAAUAAAUGCACUUUU